GUUCACAUCAGCUUCAGUCUUUAGCCAAGAGUCGAGUUAACAGCAAGUGAUUCAAUAUCGCGAGUUGUGUGAAUUUAUGUGAUUUAUUUUCGUGUUUUUAAUCAACAAUUUUAUACUAACAAGAUGGGUGAACGCAGAGGCAUGAAAGCUUUGGAGUUGUGGUGCAAGAAAAUCACAGACGGCUAUGCCGGGGUGAAGGUGGAAAACAUGACCACAUCGUGGAGAGAUGGGCUGGCAUUCUGUGCCCUCAUUCACCACUUCAGACCCGAUUUAAUAGACUUCCCGAGCCUGGAGAAGGGCGACGUUUACGCGAACAACGAGCUGGCUUUCAGGGUGGCCGAACGCCAUCUUGGAAUUCCGGCCCUCCUCGACGCAGAAGACAUGGCCCUCUACGAAGUGCCCGACCGUCUCUCCAUCCUCACCUACCUGUCGCAGUUCUAUCAGGUGUUCGCGUCGCAGGGUUCGUCUCCAGUGAAACGAUCUCCGGAACCCGCUGAACGAUCCCUGGUGCUAAACUCUGGAGUGCAGAGUCCUCAGAGCAAGGAGGAUGGCCUAGAGAUAGUGGGCCAAUACAAACCCGAAAUUUUCUGCUAAAAAGAGGAGGCGAGGUGCGGCGCACUGUUGAGACGUGGCGGCGGCGGCGAUUCGUGUCGCGCGUGUGGCACGUCUGUCUUCCUCGCGCAGCGUCUGCUAGUUGGCGGCCAUCUAUAUCACCGCACCUGCUUCCGGUGCGCACGCUGUUCUGCGCAGCUCAGUCUGGCCAACUGCUACGAGACAAUGGACGGCCAGUUCUGCUGCGAAACGUGUCCCGACGAGGAGGAUUGCCAACUUGAUCAACUCAAAGACAUUUGCCAACCGCACGAGCAGAAAAACAUGCUCAAAGACAGUGGCCGCCUCGAUCUAAACGCCUCCAAACAGCAGAAAAAAGACAUUUGCCUCGAUUUUAAUGACUCAAAACCACAAACAAACAUUAGUGAUGAGUCCAGUGUUAACUCUCAGCUUGAUACUGCCAUUACAAACAAGCCAAGACCUGCUUCACUAGUAGGUGUGCGUAAACUCAUGUUUGAGUCCGGUUGUGAACUUACUGAUGACGAUAAAGUCAUCAAGAACAAAGCGCGUAAGGGAUCUCUAGAUAGGUUUAGUUCAGAUAAACUGAAAACUGAUGCCAAGCUGGAUAUCAAGAGUGCUCAGCUUGCUAGCAAACCGGCGACAGAUAGUGUUUUAGUUAGGUUAGGUAAUGUUAGGCUAGGUAAGAAUGAAGCAAAUAGUGAUUUUGGUUGUGAAAACCGAAAGAGUUUAGAUGUAGGGAGUGAGUUUGGUUGUAGAAACCAAGAAAGUGUAGUAAAAGGUGUUGAUUUUGGUAGCAAGAACCGGAAAAGUCUAGAAAUAGGAAGUGGUUUUGGUAGUGAAAAUCCCAAAAGUGUAGAAGCUUAUGAUAGCAAAGCCCCAAAAAGUGUAGAAAUCGGUGUGGAUUUUGGUAGCAAGAACCGGGAAAGUCUAGAAUUAGGAAGUGAUUUUGGUAGCCAUACCUCAAAGAAUGUAGAAGAAGAUGGUGAGACCCCAAAAAGUCCAGAAUUAGAUGCUGAAUCUAGCUUUAAACAUACAGAAAGAGCUGUUGUCAGUGAUGAAGGUGAAACAAAGAACGUACGCCAUGACAGUAUUCCUUUUAUUGAUAGUGUUGAACCUGCAAACAUUGUGGAAGAACAACCUGAUCUAGUUUCUAGCGAAGAUGUCUCACAACCUCAUCUAAAUCAUGAAGAAGUUGUUGAUUCCGAUUUAAAAUUGAAAUCAGUAGAUGAGAAGAAGUUUGAUGUCGGUAUUCCCCCAGUGUCUUCCAAAAAAGUUGAAGAAGAAUCUAAUGUUGAUGUUGCAAGAAAUGACUUGGAUACUCAUGUUGGGCAAAGUACUUUGGAUGUACAUCAAGAUACUUAUGUUGAGAUGAAGCCAUUAACACCCGAGCCUGAGGAAGUGGUACAGGAGCCUAUUUAUGAGGAGAUUAGUGAGAAUUCAUCAGUUCAUAAAGACGAGGGUGGUAGUGAUGAUUUUGGUGGGAAAGUGGUGGAAAUGAAAGCUACAGCAAAAAUUGAAGGUGAAGUGAAAGCUGAUGACGAACUAGGGGUAAAACCUCUCGAUGACUCAGUUGAAAGAGAAAUAAAACCUCUUGAUGGCUCAGUUGAAAGAGGAAUAAAACCUCUUGAUGAUUCAGUUGAAAGAGGGGUCAAACCUCUUGUUGAACCGGUUGAAAGAGGAGUAAAACCUAGUUUGUCAUCGAGCAAAAUUGAAGAGAAAAGUUUUGUUAUAACUCCUCCAAAACGCACCAGAAAACCCCCAGUAGUUGUGGAGAAGAUACAAGAACCUGAGAAGAGGAUCAGUUCUGGAAGUAUGAAGGAACAAACUGACUACCCCGUGGAACUGAACCCUUUUGGAGAUGAUGAUGAGGAGGAAGAAGAAGAGAAGAAUGUGCCAGCAAAGAAGGAAUCGACCAGUUUGAAUCCGUUUGGGUCGGAUGAUGAAGAUGAGGAGGAAGAGGAAAUUGUGCCGAAACCGGUGGAAAGAAAGAAGAAGAAUUCACCGGCGCCAAGUACGAAUCCUUUCGGAAGCGAUGAUGAAGAUGAAGAAGAAGAAUCUGAGGCGACUUCGCUGCUUCAACCUGUGCCAUUACCCAGGAAGCUGAAAAGUCCUCCACUGAGUCCAACUCCGAAGCCUCGCAGCUUCCAUUCACGAAACAGUUCAAUGUCCAGCUCAAUCGGAGUGCCUGUCUCCCCUUCACCUCGCAAGAAGAAGCCGGCUCCUCCACCUCCACCUCUCACUCCAAAACAGAAGAAGACACGCCCACCUCCCCCUCCCACUAAAAAGGUGGGCCCUGAUUCGCGCAGUGUCUCCCCCACCCCCUCUGCCAUCAGUCUCAGUAGCACCUUCUCUUCGCCUGAUGCUCAGGAGAAAUCCUACAAGGAUGCAUCCAACAGACAGAAGCAGAGUGCAGACUACAUACCGCACAAGAGCGUGUACGGCACUUGGAAACGCAAGAAGGCACCUGCCCCCCUCCCACCUAUUGCUCACCGCCGCCCCGUCAAGCCUAUGCCCAUCAAACAGCUACGCCAAGAGCUCCAGGACAUAGAGAUCAAGCAGCAGGGCCUGGAGCGACAGGGCGUGAGUUUGGAGCAGACGAUACGUGACAAGUUCGACGUGGAGUCGAGCAUGACUCCCUACGUGGAGGAGCUCAUUCUCCAGCUGUUCGAACUCGUCAACGAGAAGAACGAACUGUUCCGGCGCCAAGCUGAGCUCAUGUACUUACGAAGGCAACACCACUUGGAGGAGGAGCAUGCUGAGCUGGAAUACCAGAUCCGGUGCCUGAUGCUCUGUCCCGAGCAGAAUAAGACUGACUCCGACAAGGAGCGAGAGGAGGAACUCAUUCAACGAUUGGUGGACAUAGUGGAGAGGCGGAACGAAAUAGUGCAGUGCUUGGAGAUGGACCGACUCAGGGAGGCGGAGGAGGACAGAAGCGUCAACGCACAACUCAAUACCUUAUCUGCAGCUGCCAUGGGUUUCGAUUCAGAAUCGAGCAGAUCAACUACGCCCGACAAAAAGGGAGAAAAGAAGAUCAAGAAGGAGAAGAAGAAGGGGAAAAUCGACAUCGACAAGGACAUAGACGAAAGCGAAAAAGAGAGGAAGAAGAGGAGCAAGAAGAAAUGGUUCACUUUGCCUCACUCACCUAAGAGACUUUAACUUGCUUCAGUGCCUUUCAGAGUGAGAGAGAUAGAGCACUGUGUUGUUACCAACCUACUAACUGACGAUAAGCUUUUGAUUCCUGUAAAUUAUUCUAUUUUCUUAAACGCCUGUAAUUGUAUAAAUAGUGUAAGGUUUUUAAUAAAGUGAGCUUCCAAUAAG